CGCUGCCUGAGUGGCACGUAAAGGGGGAGGAGGAGGGACUGAGAGGCGGGCGGGCCCCGGAGAGAGCGGGAGUUGUUCUGCCUUCACCGCUGAGCUAGGCCCAGCCUCUCCCCUGCCUCUCCUCGGCCCCAGCUCCCGGCGAGCAGCGGCCUGUCUGAAGAGCAUGCUGCCCCCUCACUUCCCACCUGGCCUCGCCAUCCCUGCCCCCCCAGCCUGACCCCCGGCCCCAGCAUGGCCCAAGGUGCCAUGCGCUUCUGCUCAGAAGGCGACUGUGCCAUCUCCCCACCACGAUGCCCACGCCGCUGGCUCCCCGAAGGCCCGGUGCCCCAGAGCCCCCCAGCCAGCAUGUAUGGCAGCACAGGCUCCCUGCUACGGCGGGUGGCAGGUCCAGGCCCCCGGGGCCGGGAACUGGGACGUGUGACAGCACCCUGUACACCCCUGCGUGGUCCCCCCACACCCCAUGCUGCUCCCUCACCAUGGGCACCCUCUUUAUCCACUGGGCAGCCCCCGCCAGGGACCCGGAGCUCUGUGGUCAUCUUCCGUUUUGUGGAGAAGGCCAGCGUGAAGCCUCUGAAUGGGCUACCUGCUCCCGGAGGCUUGAGCCGGAGCUGGGACCUGGGUAGGGUCUCUCCUCCCAGGCCCGCCUCAGGGCUUGGGCCUAGCUCUAACCGAAAGUUGCGGCUGGAGGCAUCCACAUCAGAUCCACUCCCAGCUGGAGGAGGCUCAGCCCUGCCUGGUGGCCGAGGCCCCUUACUUGGGCCCCCAGCCCCAUCCCAGGUUGGGGCAGAUGGCCUUUAUUCCUCUCUGCCCAAUGGGCUAGGGGGCCCCCCUGAGCACUGGGCCACAAUAUUCCAAGGACCUGCCAACACUGGACUCCUGAACCAGGGGGACACCUGGUCCUCCCCCUGGGAAGUCUCCUCUCAUGCCCAGAGAAUUGCUCGAGCCAAAUGGGAAUUCUUCUAUGGCUCCUUAGACCCCCCCAGCUCAGGUGCUAAGCCCCCAGAGCAGGCCCCCCCAACUCCACCUGGGGUGGGCUCAGGGCAGGGCUCUGGGGUGGCUGUGGGGCGAGCAGCCAAGUACUCCGAGACGGACCUGGACACGGUGCCCCUGAGGUGCUACCGCGAGACGGACAUCGAUGAGGUGCUGGCUGAGCGGGAAGAGGCUGACUCGGCCAUCGACAGUCAGCCCAGCUCUGAAGGCCCACCUGGCACUGCCUGCCCACCUGCCCCUUGUCCCAGCCCAUGCCCUGGCCCUCAUUCCAGCCUGGGCAGCGGCAGUGAGGACAAGGAUGAGGCAGGCGGGGAAGAGGAUGUGGACGACGAGGUCUUUGAGGUCUCAGAGGGGGCCCGGCCAGGGACCCGGAUGUCUCACCCCGGGCCUCUCAAGUCGCCUGUGCCCUUUCUACCUGGGACCAGCCCCUCGGCAGAUGGGCCUGACUCUUUCAGUUGCAUAUUUGAAGCCAUCCUGGAGUCACACCGGGCCAAGGGCACCUCCUAUACCAGCCUCGCCUCACUGGAGGCCCUGGCCUCACCUGGCCCGACCCAGAGCCCCUUCUUCACUUUCGAGUUGCCCCCCCAAGCCCCGGUUCCCCGGCCUGACCCAUCUGCUGUUGCCCCGCUUGCCCCUCUUGAGCCGGAUUCUGGUACCAGCUCUGCUGCUGAUGGGCCUUGGACACAGAGAAGGGAGGAGGAGGAGGCAGAGGCUGGAGCCAAGCUGGCAUGGAGGGAGCCCCCUAGUCCAUGCCACUCAGAGGACAGCUUUGGGCUGGGCACAGCACCCCUGGGCAGCGAACCACCCUUGAGCCAGCUCAUAUCCGACUCAGACUCAGAACUGGACAGCACAGAGCAGCUGGCUCUGGGAAGCACGGACACCUUGUCCAACGGGCAGAAAGCGGACCUGGAGGCCGCGCAACGCUUAGCUAAGAGGCUGUAUCGACUUGAUGGCUUCAGGAAGGCCGACGUGGCCCGGCACCUGGGCAAAAACAAUGAUUUCAGCAAACUGGUGGCUGGCGAGUACCUCAAGUUCUUUGUCUUCACGGGCAUGACUCUGGACCAAGCUCUCAGAGUGUUUCUGAAAGAGCUGGCCUUAAUGGGUGAGACCCAGGAAAGGGAGCGUGUACUGGCCCACUUUUCCCAGCGGUACUUCCAGUGCAAUCCCAGCUCCCUGUCCUCAGAAGACGGCGCCCACACGCUGACCUGUGCCCUCAUGCUACUCAACACCGAUCUCCACGGCCACAACAUCGGGAAGCGCAUGACCUGCGGGGACUUCAUCGGGAACCUGGAAGGCCUCAACGAUGGCGGCGACUUCCCCAGGGAGCUGCUCAAGGCCUUGUACAGCUCCAUCAAGAAUGAGAAGUUGCAGUGGGCCAUAGACGAGGAGGAGCUGAGACGCUCUCUGUCUGAGUUGGCCGACCCCAACCCCAAGGUCAUCAAGAGGGUCAGCGGGGGCAGCGGCAGCGGCUCCAGCCCUUUCCUGGACCUGACUCCCGAGCCCGGGGCCGCCGUCUACAAGCACGGGGCCCUGGUGCGAAAGGUGCACGCAGACCCUGACUGUCGGAAGACACCUCGGGGCAAGCGGGGCUGGAAGAGCUUCCACGGGAUCCUCAAGGGCAUGAUCCUCUACCUGCAGAAGGAGGAGUACCAGCCUGGGAAGGCCCUGUCCGAGGCAGAGCUCAAGAAUGCCAUCAGCAUCCACCAUGCGCUGGCCACCCGCGCCAGCGACUACAGCAAGAGGCCCCACGUCUUCUACCUGCGCACAGCUGACUGGCGCGUCUUCCUCUUCGAGGCCCCGAGCCGGGAGCAGAUGCAGUCUUGGAUCACACGCAUCAAUGUGGUGGCCGCCAUGUUCUCUGCGCCCCCCUUCCCAGCUGCUGUUAGCUCACAGAAGAAGUUCAGCCGCCCUCUACUGCCCAGUGCUGCUACCCGCCUCUCCCAGGAGGAGCAGGUGCGGACCCACGAGGCCAAGCUGAAGGCCAUGGCGAGUGAGCUGCGGGAGCAUCGGGCCGCCCAUCUAGGCAAAAAGGCCCGGGGCAAGGAGGCUGAAGAGCAGCGGCAGAAGGAGGCCUACCUGGAGUUUGAGAAAUCCCGGUAUGGCACAUACGCAGCGCUGCUUCGGGUCAAGCUGAAGGCGGGCGGUGAGGAGCUGGAUGCAGUAGAGGCAGCACUGGCCCAGGCUGGGGGCACUGAGGAUGGCAUCCUCCCUUCUCACGCCAGUCCCUCCCUGCAGCCCGGCGCCCAGCGUCAUGGCUUGGAGCCUCGGGCAGGGGCAGGCAGUGGGCAGCGGAAGCCCUGAGUGGGGGGUGGUCGUUUGGGGGGCAGUGCCUGCUGGGCACCUGCAUGAUGUGGCCCUGCCUGAGGCCAGGCCGGCCUCGGGCCACCCACAAGGGCCCCCCACCCAGGGCCCGACCGCGCCGGACGCGGUGUCCGGGGCAGGGUAGGGCUGGGGCAUGGACCUCGGGAACCUGGGCUAAGGGCCCCUCCAAGACCCCCAUUUUGUGAUAAUGUUUUGCACUUUUUCGUACAGGGUGGGCGGGGACAGGGGAGGCCAGGGUCCCUGGACUUUUGAUGCUUUUUUUUUGGGGGGGAGGCCUGACAACAUUUCUGCUUUCUGCUGAGACCACCCCCACCCCGACACCAGCAAUCCCCCUCCGUCCUGGGGCUUGGCUCAGACAGAGGCCAGGAGUUGGGGCUGAGCUGGUUUCCCUUCCCUCCCUCCCCAAGGGCCCCUCCCUCUUCCCCAAGGUGGAGGAAGGGCACCAGGCUGAGGCCCCUGGCACAGGCUAGGGUGGCACAGCCUUGCUUUGCCUUCUCAGGGGCCUUGCCCCUUGUAGAGCCUCCAUCCCAUUAAAACUGCUCUGAAAUUGCUGGC